ACACAAAGCCGCUUUGCAGGCGCGAGGCUGGAGCUGGACGUUGUUUUCUCUCUGGACACUGAGGGCGAUGGCGGCUUCCUGCAACCAGAAGCCCCACACAGGUCGCGCUGCGACACGUCUCUGGGCCUCCUGACGCAGAAGUUUGCAGACAUGCUGAGGCACAGCCCUGACGGAGUGUUGGACCUCAACGUGGUCUGCCAGAAGCUCGGUGCGCCCAAGAGGCGGGUUUAUGACAUCACCAACGUGUUGGAGGGGAUCAAGCUCAUCAGGAAGAAGUCGAAAAGUCACAUUCAGUGGUUGGGGGGGCAUGUGAACCUGCUGGUGAAUGGGAAGGUGAAGGCUCUGGAACAGGAGGAGAAGAACCUGGACCGCCUCAUCCAGAACUGUGCCUACCAGAUCAGAGAGCUGCGGGGAAACCAGCAGAUGCACAGGUAUGCCUAUCUGACCUACAAGGACAUCCGGGAAAUUCCAAGCUUGAAAGAAGAAACGGUCAUUUUGAUCAAAGCUCCCCCAGAGACGACCCUCCAGGUUCCUCAUCCAGAGGAGAGCCUCCAGGUUUACCUCCACAGUGUUUUUGGGCCCAUCGACGCUCUCCUCUGCUCCGAUGAGCUGGUUCCUGUGGAGUCUGUUGGAGCCGGCCGCUGCUCCAGCCUCGCCGCCGGCAGGGAAGGCUCCUCCCACACACCUCCCUUCAGUCAGGUGUCUUCAGGAAGUCUCCUCCAGGUUUCACCUGAGACAACAGAAAACAGAGUCUGCCGAGUCCCUCAUCAUUCAGACCUGCAGCCAAAGCUGACUCAGCAGUUUCUGCCGCCAUCCACCCCUCUUCCAGGCUCCGCCCAGCCGCCCAGGACAGAUGGCCCAAAGCCCACGCCCACUGUGGCCAUCAACGUUGGCGGGGAGCAGUACCUGCUGAGCCUGACGGAGGACGGCGGCAUCGGCGACCUUUUCUCCGCCCAUCUGGACCAGUCGCCCUCAGACGUCCAGCUUCUCUGACCAAAGCUUUGUGGAUGACAGCAGAACCUCCACCCUCCUGGAGGCCAGAGGGGCUGUAGGUCUGAGGCUGUGCUGACCGCUGGUGGGGUUUGAAGCAAGUUUGAAGGCUGCAGCUGAAGUGAAGACCUUCCCGUGUUUGAGCACAGCCCCCACCUCCCCGAGAGACACAAAGUGUUGUGUUCUCCUGGUCCACACAAGGACAGAAGGCCAUUCCAGAGAACCUCUGCUGCUAAGUGAAGCUUCAUGGUGCUUCAGUCCUGAUGCUGGACUUCAUUCACGUUUGAAUCCUUGAAGCUCCUCAGGUUCUUGCAGGUUUGAACCUUUUCACCUUGUCUGCUCUGCUGACUGGACUUUACAUGUCCCCUGUGUUUCUGUGGUCCAAUGCAUGGGAGCCUUUCCCCACAGAGACUCAGAGAAGCCCCUGUUAAAGGGGAUGGAGUGUGUGUGUGUGU